AUGGAGGCGGCGGCAGGCGGGGGUUGCGGCUCCGGGCCGCUGCUGCUGAGCGAGGGCGAGCAGCAGCGCUACUCCGGGAUCUUCGCGCGGUGCACCUGCGCUGCAGGCGGGGGUGCCGGGUAGCCCCCUGAGGCCGCCAGGACCCUCCCCCCCCCCACGCCCACAGCCACCGCAGCCGUGGGCCCCGUGGCCGACCUGUUUCGGGCGUCACAGCUGCCCGCCGAAACGCUGCACCAGAUCACAGAACAGCGUGGUGCCAAGCGGGUUGGUUAUUUUGGGCCAACACAGUUUUACGUUGCCUUGAAAUUAAUUGCUGCAGCACAGUCCGGCCUCCCUGUGCGGAUCGAGACUAUUAAGUGUGAAUUGCCGCUGCCUCGCUUUACGAUGUCAAAGACCGAUGGUGAGAGACGAUUUGGGAACCCAGCUGAGCUGCAUGGAACUACGGUUCAGAUUCCAUAAUUAAUCUCGGAAUAAAACACCUUCAAAAGAAUGGAUGAUGAGGACAAACAGGAAACACAGUCUCCCACGAUGUCACCUCUCGCUUCCCCUCCUUCUUCCCCGCUUCAUUACCAGAGGGUGCCCUUAAGCCAUGGCUACAGCAAACUGCGGAGCAGUACGGAGCAGAUGCAUCCAGCUCCUUAUGAAGCUAGACAGCCCCUUGUCCAGCCUGAGGGACCCUCGUUGGGGGGCCAAGGAACCAAGCCCCCUCGGCAUCAGGCUUCCCUCAUCCGGUCCUUCUCAGUGGAGAGAGAACCACAGGAUAACAGUAAUUACCCAGAUGAUCCCUGGAGGAUAACAGAAGAGCAGCGCGAGUACUAUGUCAAUCAGUUCUGAUCCAUUCAGCCCAACCCGAGUUCCUUCAUUUCAGGUUCAGUGGCCAAGAACUUCUUCACCAAAUCAAAGCUUUCCAUUCCAGAACUCUCCUAUAUAUGGGAGCUUAGUGACGCUGACUGUGAUGGAGCGCUAACCCUGCCUGAGUUCUGUGCUGCAUUUCAUCUCUUUGUUGCCCGGAACAACGGCUACCCGCUGCCCGAGGGCCUACCUCCAACUCUGCAGCCCGAGUACCUGCAAGCAGCUUUUCCUAAGCCCAAAUGGGAGUGUGUUUUAUUUGAUUCUUAUUCUGAGUCAAUGCCAGCAAACCAACAACCCCCUGACUUGAAUCGGAUAGAGAAGCUGCCUAUUAAAGACAUGGCUGACUUUCCUGUUCCUACCCAAGAUGUGACUGGUGAUGACAAACAAGCUUUGAAAAGUACUACAGAUGAAGCUUUGCCAAAGGACAUGUCUGAGGAUCCAGCCACUCCUAAGGAUUUCAACAGUCUCAAAGCAAGACCAAGAUCCAGAUCUUACUCUAGCACCUCCAUAGAAGAGGCCAUGAAAAGAGGUGAGGACCCACCCACCCCACCACCGCGGCCACAGAAAACCCAUUCCAGAGCCUCCUCCUUGGAUCUGAAUAAAGUCUUCCAGCCCAGUGUGCCAGCUACUAAGUCCGGAUUGUUACCACUACCACCAAUGCUCCCUCCGAGACCUUGUACAUCACAGUCUGAGCAAGCGUCCGAGGCUGAGUUACACCCCCAGCUGAACAGAGCCCCCUCUCAAGCUGCAGAGAGUAGUCCAACAAAGAAGAAUGUGACACAUUCUCAGCCCCCAUCAAAGCCUAUCCGUAGGAAACUACGACCUGAAAACCAAGCUACAGAAAACCAAGAGGCGUCUACCACUGUUGGCAGGCCAGCUUCUGUGGGAGCCAUGAAACCCCAUCCAACAGUCCAAAAACAGUCUUCCAAGCAGAAGAAGGCUAUUCAAACUGUUAUCCACAAAAAUAAAGAGGCGAAUGCGGUGCUGGCUUGGUUGAACAGUGAACUCCAGCAGCAGCACAAGGAGGUUCAUCAAGAACAGAUUGCAUUGGAAAACCAAUUGGAACAACUUUGUCCAGUCACCGUGUUGUGAUCACCUAAGGUCCAAGUAAUAUAGUGGGUGACCUUUUCUGCCAAGAUCUUUCCUUCGAAUGUUUCAAUCCAACUACUUGUCAUCUAUGUUUGACUGUGUCAAAAGCUGUGAGCAGCGGAAUAGAAUCCAUGUCACCUUUUCUCUUGUAC